AUGAAAGAAUUUUCUGAAACAACUCAUGAUGAGAAGGACAGUAAGGGUGCUGGUAGUAACGACGCCAUUUUGCAAAAACCAUCGGCAGGUGAGAUGCUUGCCAACGAAGGUGACCAGAAGAGAUGUGGUAGGGCCUCUCCGAUAAGACCUGUUGUCAUGUUGAAUAUGAAAGAUGGCCUAAAGGGCCAGGAGACUGAACUGUCAUAUGAUCAAGCCACUAGUUCAAGCCAAGGAAAUUCUGCUGCUGUUGCUCAAGGAUAUGAUGAGAAUGUUAAAAGAACUGAUGUGGUGGAAAAGAGUGUUUCUCCAUCGCCCAAGGCAGAAGCAUCUUCAAUUAUUGAUGAUCCAGCUAAGGAUGCUAGCAGUGGAGGAAAUAAAAGCCGGAUAAUAAACUUGCCUCGAGUUUCUAACAUGCCCUCACCUGGUCAAACAAGAACAAUUUCAGGCAGGCCAUUGCCUCCCCGAGUUGGGAGGGAAAGGUUAACCGACGUUGCACUCGAGGGAGAAAUAUUACAUCCUCGAGGGAGGGAUGAAAUUUAUACCGAUGCUUCUCACAAAUUUUCAAGAGAGAGGCAUCAAGACCAUCCAUCUAGGAACUCUAGAUUGAAUUUUGUGCGUGGCAGAGGGAGAAUCUCCAGUAGAAUAGACACACUACAAGGUGAUUGGAAUUCUGAACGGGACUUUGCUCCAGACUUUUAUAAUGGUCCGGCAGAGUUCCAUGUUCCCAGGCAUAAAUAUGCAUCACAGCCUGAUCCAGAAUUUAAUGGCUAUAAUGCUGGGCUAAAUGGUCCUUUUGUUGGUACUGGUAGGGGAGGGAGGAAAAUUUUAAAUGAUGAGCCACCGGUUUUUCGUCAUCUACCAAGGAGGAGGUCUCCCGGGGGGAGAAUGGGGCCUCAUGGACGUGGCCUUGAUAUGGUUCGCCGAGUUCCAAGAAAUAUUAGCCCAAGUGGAUGCAUUGGUCAAGAUGGUACUGAAUUGGUUGGACUGAGGCGCGGUGAGAAGUUCAUGAGGGGUCUACCUAAUGACAACACAGACCCAAUGUUUACACAUCCCCAAGCUCCUUACGAGGGAUUAGAUGGUCAUUUUGUCCGAAGCAACAGGAAUUUCUUGCCCAUGCAAAGAAGGGGUAUUCCUCGUAUUCGUUCGAAAUCUCCAAUUGGUUCUAGGACUCGCUCACCUGGUACUUGGUCACCUCCCAGGAGAAGAUCCCCGGAUGGAUUUGGUGGACAUCCUGAAUUGCCUAAUCGGAGAUCUCCUCCAAUUUAUAGGAUGGAGAGGAUGAGAUCUCCUGAUCAUUCUUGUUUCCCUGGAGAAAUGGUAGUUAGAAGGCAUGGUUCUCCAUAUAUGUCUAGACCACCUAAUGAGGUAAGGGAUAUGGAUUCUAGUCGUGAUCUGGCUCAUCCAAGAUCUGCCAUGCCUAAUAGGAGUCCAUCUGGCAGGGUUUUACUCAGAAACACUAGGAGAUUUGACAUUGUUGAUCCUCGUGAAAGGACAGACAGUGAUGAUUAUUUUGGGAGGCCCAUGCAUCCUGGCCGGUUUCAGGAACUUGGUGCUGAUGGAACUGGUGAAGAGAGAAGAAGGUUUGGUGAGAGACGGGGACCUGUUCGGCCUUUUAGACCUCCUUAUAAUGGUGUUGAGGGUGAGAAUUUUCAUUUAAAUGCGGGAGAUGGCCUUAGGACUUUUAGGUUUUGUCCUGAAGACGGUCCAGAGUUUCAUGAAAGAGGCAAUUUGAGGGAAAGGGAAUUCGAUAGAAGGAUUAAGAACCGACCUGGAAAUGGUCCAAGGAGAACUAGAAACAUUGAAGAGCAGGAAGGAAAUUAUAGGCAUGGUGGGCAGGUGUGGCAUGACAAUGGGUUUGAUGAUAUGUCACGAAUGAAGAGGAAAAAGUUUUGAUUUUAUAUGAGCCUGGAUGCUGGAUGUGUACUAGGAAGCUGAUCUGUAAUUUACAGCUUUAUCGGGUACAUGGUCUUGGUCCAAAUGUGAGAGCAAUGGUAGAUGACAAUGUGGUCUGAGACUACAUGUCUGCAACAAGUGCUUCAUUGUUCCGUCAUGUAUAUAGCCUUGGUUCUAGUACCAUGAUGGUUAAUUCUUCUUGAAUCUUAUUACUGGUUUCUUAUUCUCUAACUUUGGAUGCCAGCUGCAGUUCUUGAGUUCCAUUUUAGCAAGUUUUGUACUGUCAUAAAUUAUGGUGGCACAUUAUAUAUGUUGAAGAUCAUUUUAAUGAAUUCAGUAUCUGUAGAUUCUUCAGUGGUCAUCCUUCUUUCGUAUGGUAUGAUAAGCUUUAUGUGCUAAAUAUAGUGCUUGGUGGGGCAGAGCAGGAAUGCAGCAACAAACAAUUGGAACUUUGAUCUAAUUUGUCUGCCAUCAAUAAAGUGAAAUGCUUAGUAUUUGAUAUGCUUCUUCACAUUCCUCUUGUUGGGUUACACAUGAAUCCUUCAAUUCGGCAUUGAGGUUAACAUGAUUUCUGGUUGGCUGAGGUAUCCUGAGUGCAGGUUUUCUCACACUUCCACGUUUGCUUUCACCUGAAGUGCAAUGUAGAUGCUUAGGUAUUUUCCCUAAACUUUAGUUGUGUAUUGAGGCUGUUUGGUUGAAUAGUUUGUGUGGUGAUUUUUUUAAUUGAAGGGAUAUGAGCUCCGAAGGAUGCAACAUAAGUUGUUCUUAGAGUAGACUUAUGAUGAUGUCUUUCCUGGAUCCUUGAAACAUAGCUGCCAUUGUCUUACUCACAUUGAAGAUCCCAUUGAGUAUAAUGGAAGUUUUAUGCUUUAUGGAACUGUGCAUUCACAUCAACCAAUUGUUAAGCCUUGUCCUGAUUUCGUCUCCAAACUUUUGAGAGGUCAGUUGCCAUUUUUGGGUCAAUACUCAGUGGACAAAACUGAUUUUGAGCUCUGGACAAAACUGACUAUGUUAUCAGCUGUAUUUAUUGACUGUUUCCGCUUCAUCGUUGGCUGGUAUAUCCAUAUUAAUUGUCAACAUCAACUUAUUGCCUGCUUUAGUGGUAAGUGGCUGGUUAUAUUUCUGGUUGCACUUUGUGAUUUGUUUGAUGAUAUAAGUUCAUUUAGCAAUGAGCUGCACACUCGGGGAAAAACUGCAGAGAUGUCGACCUAAAUUAAAUAAGAUAACCCAACACUGCUUUCUUUUGAUUCUCUGCAUUUGUUGUACUGUUCCUACCAUGUACUUCAAUUGAAAGAAAGAAGUAAGCAGUACCUGAAGCAUGUGCUGAUGUGGGGACUGAUCAACGAUUAGCAAGCAGGCUGAAGUGUAGUUUUCCAUUUUAGGAGUGGUGAAGAACCUAAGAUAGGAUUGAUCCUAUGCUUUGUCAUUGAUAGACUUGCUUCAGGUUACCGCUGCUUCCCUCCUGUGGAUCCCCACUCUGUGAAUUGGUUUUUAUCUUGUUUUCAUCAUUCCUCUUAAUUAGCAUCUUCUUCAUUGACAUUCAUUAAACCAUAGUAGUAAUAGCAUGACCA